CUUUUGGCCGCAUGGGGGCGCUACUGAAACUCACCAAAACGUGCUGGGGAGGCGUAGAAGUUCAAGCAAUUGUUUUGUACAUGGUAAUGCUAAUGAAUUGUAUACAAGUCGAGGAAAUAAGAGCUAAAACGAGAAGACGCCUUCGUUCAUUUGUAAGAGCCAUGUUGAACUGUUGCUGUGUGUAAUCCCAGCGCGCAGCGGACAUGUUUGUGCUGUAAUGCUAGCUGAUGUGUUUGUAGGUGUUAGUGAAUUGAACAGGUACAGCACACGGACACAGCCAUGCUGGAUAACAUUGACUAUGCCUUUCCUGCUGGAGAUGAAAGUGAUGGAAGUAGUGACGAAUGGGAUGUUGGGUAUGCUAGUGAUAGCAAGAAACUCGAGCCUGAGGUGUCGAAGGCGACAUCAUUCCCCCCUAAAGACAAUGUGUCUGUCCUGAAAAGAGCCAUUACAGCAGGGGACGUCGAUCUCGUGCGCCAGUUGCUGGACAGUGGUGUGGACGUAGAGACAUAUCUGGGCUUUGAGUGGACUCCUCUCAUGUGUGCUGUCCAUGUUGGUCACUGUGAGCUGGCCGAGCUGCUGCUGGACCGCGGAGCCAGUGCCAACUUCAGCAGAGAUCAUUAUACUGUGCUAAUGGCAGCUUGCACUGCAAAUUCUACCACUGAAGAGAACAUCAGCAAGUGUGUGGCUCUACUGCUGAGUCGCAACGCUGACCCAAAUGUCUACAACAGGAGUCGUAUGACGUGCCUCAUGCUGGCUGCCAGGGACGGUUACUCUCAGGUGAUCAAUCUGCUGGUGUCCCAUGGAGCAGAGCUGAACUUUCAGAAUGACAGCGGCCACACGGCACUCAUGUUAGCUGUGCAGUAUGGGCAUGAAGCUGCAGUUCUGAAACUACUACAGCUCGGAGCCGACAAGUCCAUUAAAAGCAAGGCAGGGAAUACAGCAGCUGACCUGGCCAAAUCAUUCAAACACCUGCAGAUCUGCAGGAUUCUCAACUCUCCAAGUGACUCCAUUGUUAAUGGUCCACUGCCCUCCAAAGCUGAAACAGUGUUUAAACUUCUCAACCAAAACCCUGAGCCUCUAUCUGUCUCAAAGAAGAGUUCUGCUAAACUAUGUGAUAUUGAGCUACUACUACACGGGCUGAAUCUGGAGUACCUCUCUGAUAUCAUAAUGGAAAAUGACAUCACCUGGAGCCACUUGUUGACGAUUGAAAAAGAAGACUUAGUAAAGAUUGGAGUAACAGACCCUGAAGACCAAAAGAAGAUUCUUAAUGCAGUUCAGGAGAUUCACCUUGACAGAGUGGAUCUGGACACCUUGAGCCAGCUUGAUAACAUAGACAGUGGGAGUGAGGAGCUAUAUAACUUUCUGAUCAGCCUGAGGCAGCAGUGCUGUUACCUAACUGAGAUGGUGCAGGAUGUCAUCAGCAGGUUCCCCCGCAGCACCUCACAGCUUGUUCUGACAUGGGAUCCAAAGAAGGAGGCUCAGGCCAUAUGCACAGAGCUAGUGGCUCAGACCGGAGACCUGCAGAAAGAAGUGGUCUGUCUCAGGGACCUCCUCAGCAAGUUGGAUCCCACUGAUUACACCUUCCAUCCUCCUCUGCCCAGUUCCCACAGCAGCAUGCGGAGACGAGUUAUAAAGAAGCUUGCAGUGGCUGUGCUUGGAGCAGGAUUGCUGCUACUGUUGUCACAAGCAAGACACUUCAAAGCCUACAUCUGAGAAUUAUUCUGUUUUCAGUUUUGUUGCCAUCAGUGUUUUCCCUUCCUUUUAUUUCUUUUGUCAUUAACUCAUUUCAGUGUUUUUCCUCAAAGUUCAAAGUUGGUAUUUUGUGAUGGCUUGCUUUAUGUUGAAAAUGCAGCUGAUCAAGAUCACAGGCUUUUCGUUCUGUAUAACCAUUUUGCACCACCUCAUUAAAAUUCUUUCCACUAAAUGUUGCAAUAAUA